UUAGAGAAAGGAACAAAAAAAAAUCUGAAAAAUGCAAGAGAAAGACAGACAGAGAUUUUAUGAAAUGGAAGAAAAAUAAUAAAAUGAUUUAAAAAUAAUCCUCGUGAUCUGCGAAAGAGUCUUACGUGAAAACCCAGAUUUGCCUUUAAAGCCUUUUGAUUUUGUUCCUUAUUAUUAUUAUUCAUUGUUCUUUAACUACCAAUUAUUGUUGGACAUUAUAUAAAAAGCUUGGCUUUUUACGUGGGGAAGGAGAAAAAAAGAAUUCAUCUUGGGGGGUAAAAGCUGUAAAAGGAAAGGAUUUUUAAUGUUUUUGUUUCUGGGAAAUUUGUUUCCUUCAACUUCUGUAUGAAGAAAAAGCUUCAUUCAAAGAUGAGGUCAAUUUGCUGUUUUAGAAAAAAGAACCUUGAAGGAGUCAAAAGGAUAAUUGAAGAAGCCCUGUUGCAUUGUUAGGUGGAUAAUGAAAUUUCAGCUUGAGACACUGGAGUCUCUCUCUCUAUAUGUUCAUUGAGUUGUUGGAGCUUAAAGCUUUUUAUACGAUGGGGAAAUAUUUGUGACAAUAAUGGAUCCUCAGGCUUUCAUUAGGUUGUCAAUAGGCUCACUAGGUCUGAGGAUUCCUGGUCCAGCCCUGAAAUCUUCAAAAGCUGGAAUUCAUGCAUUCUCUGCCCCAUGUUCAUGUGAGAUACGACUCCGAGGUUUCCCUGUCCAAACAACACCAAUUCCUUUAGUAUCCUCCUCCGAAGUUACACCUGAUAUUCACAGUAUUGCCACUAGCUUUUAUUUAGAAGAGUCUGAUUUGAAGGCUUUGCUAACACCUGGCUGUUUCUAUAACCACCAUGCUUAUUUGGAGAUCACUGUCUUCAUGGGGAGAAAGGGCACGCAUUUUGGUGUCGGAGUCAAGAGACAGCAGAUUGGGACAUUCAAGUUGGCGGUGGGUCCUGAAUGGGGUGAAGGGAAGCCAGUUAUUCUUUUCAAUGGAUGGAUCGGGAUCGGUAAAAACAAGCAUGAAAAUGGAAAACCAGGAGCAGAACUUCAUUUGAGAGUACAACUAGAUCCUGAUCCAAGAUAUGUAUUCCAGUUUGAAGAUGUGACAAUGUUAAGUCCUCAGAUUGUACAGCUCCAAGGUUCUGUAAAACAACCGAUUUUCAGUUGCAAAUUCAGUCGAGACAGGGCAUCACAGGUUGACCUAUUAAACGCUUACUGGCCAGGUUCUGCUGACAAUUUAGACAUAGAGACCGGUAGAAGAGAGAGGAAAGGAUGGAAGGUGAAGAUACAUGAUCUGUCCGGCUCGGCUGUUGCGGCAGCCUUCAUAACCACUCCCUUUGUGCCAUCAACAGGUUGUGAUUGGGUUGCCAAGUCCAACCCGGGAGCUUGGUUGAUUCUUCGUCCUGAUGUUGUGAGGCCAGAGAGCUGGUUACCUUGGGGAAAACUUGAGGCAUGGCGUGAGCGUGGCAUCAGAGACGCCGUAUGCUGCCGAUUUCACCUCUUGUCUGAAGCUCAAGACGGAGCAGAGGUUCUCAUGUCUGAGAUACGUAUUAGUGCUGAAAAGGGUGGGGAAUUUUUUAUCGACACCGAUAGAUUAAUGCGGCAAGCACCAACUCCUAUACCAAGUCCACAAAGCAGUGGAGACUUUUCAGCACUAAGUCCGAUCUCUGGUGGCUUUGUAAUGAGCUGCAGAGUCCAAGGGGAAGGUAAGAACAGCAAGCCAUUAGUGCAACUGGCCAUGCGACACGUGACAUGCAUAGAAGAUGCUGCCAUCUUCAUGGCCCUCGCGGCAGCCGUUGACUUAAGCAUCGAGGCAUGCAAGCCUUUCCGAAGAAAGUUUAGGAGAGGCUCCCGAGGCUCUCGCCAUUCUUUAUGAAAAAAAAGAACAAAGAAUUAAGGUGAUUUGUUUCCAUGAACAAAGUAUAGCUCUAUAUUUGCUUUCAUUUCUGUAUAAUUUGGCAUUGUGUAUAGGAUAUUUUGGUUUAGGUUUUAUCAAAAUAUUGUUUAUGGUGUCAGUACAGCCUAUAAAUGACACCUAUCUAAUCUAUCCAGUCUUCAAGCUGGGGACUUUGUACA